AUGGAGAUGGCGUCGGAGGGGGCCAAAGUCGUCGUGGGUUCCGGCCAGGACAAUUCGGUGGCCGCCCAGGUCUGCGAGGAAAUCAGGGCCGCGGGUGGCGAGGCCGUUCCCUGCAUGGAGUCGGUUACGACUAUGGAGGGCGGCGAACGGAUCAUUCAGACCGCCGUGGACAACUUCGGCAAGCUGGAUAUCGUGGUCACCUGCGCAGGUAUCCUGCGCGACCGCAUGAUUUUCAACAUGACCGAGCAGGAAUGGGACGAUGUCAUAGCCGUCCACCUCAAGGGGACCUUCACGGUGGUCAAGCACGCCUGCAUCUUGUUCCGUCAGCAGCGCUCCGGACGGGUGAUCACCUUCUCCUCUGAGUCGGGCCUUGUCGGAAACUCCGGGCAGGCCAACUAUGGAGCGGCCAAGUCGGGCAUAGCCGGGUUCACCAAGGUUGUGGCCAAGGACAUGGGCCGAUAUGGGGUGACGGCCAACGCGAUCGCACCGAGGGCCAACACGAUAAUGAUCGGGGACAUCCCUGACAGCGCUGCCGAGAUCAGGGCGCGCAGCGGAGUGGCUGCGAUCCCGGGUGAGGACUUGCUUACGGAGUUGGACCCCUCCCACAUCGCUCCUUUCAUCUGCUACUUGGCAAGCGACUAUGCAGCCAACGUGAACGGGCAGACUUUCCUCGUUUAUGGAGAUACGGUGUCGCUGAUGUCUCAGCCGCGACCUGAGCGAUCCAUUUACGAGCCGUCGGGCCACUGGGACCUCCAGACGCUAGUGCCAUUGGCCCGAGACGUGCUGACCGCCGAGGUCUCCAACCCUGCUCCGCCCACGCUGCCCCGCGAGUAG